AUGGGUAAACACCGGCAUCAAAAUUCAGGAAGCCCACUGUCCAAGCGACUUGAAGAGUUUUCCGAGGCCAGUCAAGGCCAUUUUCCCAACUUGGAAAUUAAUGAAGGAACUAUUCAUGAUCCACCGCUCUCAGAGGAUAUUGUGGAUGUCGAUGACUGGAGCUAUUGUGAUGAAGAGGAAACCCCAGCACCGAGCAUACCCAGUUUGCCUGAUCAGGGAUAUGGAUCGGCCGAACAUCAACAAAUCCUCUUACCAUCCUCAUUUCAAGCAGCCCUCCUCCCUACAUCACUGGGAGAAGCCCGGUGUGUAGAGAUAGAAUUGAGAGUGGCCCAGGCAAAUAACGCUCUGAAGCAUUUACGGGAAGCCAUCGGUUACAAGUCAUUCCUUGAUUGGAAGAGAAUUCGAGCCAAGAAAUCGAAAAAACGUGUAACUCGGGCUUACGAUGCUGUACAAGGAUCGGAUCGCGAUAUGAAAAGUGCUCUCCAGGCAUACAACCAAGCUCGAUGGGCUCUUAAUCAGCUCAAUGCUCCUCAGGGCACUUGUGACCGAUACAAGCCGAUAGGGAAAAAAGAUACAAGGGCACUAACUACGGUAUACGAUGGCAACGCCCAGGGUCAAAGAAAUUAG